GAUCCAACUUCUCUCUUUUUUCUCUCUCUUGUGUCGCAGAAAGUCACCACUUAACUCAUUCUACACCUAUUAUUCUGCCUGGAGCAGACUUUCCUGCGUGAAUUUUUUACGUGUCGACUGCUUCGUGAAAAUCUCGCUUUGUUUGCCUUGAGUGUCUCUUUGCUGAGUUGCUCUUUCUCUCUUCCGACCUCAACGCAAAAUUUCCCUCCGCCGCCUAACUUCCACCGCACCCCUCCGACAACUUUCGUCUACCGCUCUCCCUAAGCGCAUUCUCACUACGACUCUUUAAUUUUUACUCCUCGUUUCGCGUCCGUCUAAAAUUUACCUCCGAUCAUAAUGGCUGCUGUCGAACACGCUCCCGCGCCGGUCAACGACGAGAACACCGCCCCCGGUGUGGCCACCGACGAGAAGGCGAACGGCGAUGUUACCGUCUUCCAUGACCCCGAGAACUUCACCGUCAAGCACCCUUUGAUGCACGAAUGGACUCUCUGGUUCACCAAGCCUCCCAGUGGCAAGGGCGAUAACUGGAACGAUCUGCUGAAGGAAGUGGUCACAUUCAACUCCGUCGAGGAGUUCUGGGGAAUCUACAACAACAUCACACCUACCUCCGAAUUGGGUCUCAAGGCAGACUACCACCUUUUCAAGAAGGGCAUCCGGCCAGAGUGGGAAGACCCUCAGAACAAGCACGGUGGCAAGUGGUCGUACUCGUUCAAGGACAAGCGCUCCGUCCCUAUCGACGACUUGUGGCUGCACGCUCAGCUGGCUGCGAUUGGUGAGACUCUCGAGAACGAUGAUGACAAUGAGGUCAUGGGUGUUGUUGUGAACGUCCGUAAGGGCUUCUACCGUGUCGGUUUGUGGACAAGGACUGUUGGCAAGAGCGUUCCGGGAGACAAGAUCACCCGUAACCCCGCCCAAGGCAAGGAGAUCUUGGAGUCCAUCGGCAAUCGGUUCAAGGAUGUCCUCCGUCUCAAGGAAGCCGACGUUGUGGAAUUCUCCGGACACACGGAUAGCGCCCACAGCGGUAGCACCAGGGCCAAGGCCAAGUACACCGUCUAGAAUGAGGCUACGUGUGCUUUGUUUUUUUUUUCUCCAAAAACGUCUUAUGAUUUACUCGUUUCCCUGGGCUUUGCAUCUUACGAGGUUGACUACAUGCUUAAGAGGCGAUUAUGAACGAGACUUGGAUUUGAGGCGAGAAAGAAGAAGAGGAGGAAGCAGAAGAAGCCCAGCUCCGUUUUCUCUGCUACUUCGCAGGGAAGAAUUGGAUCAUGGGCACCCGCGACAUGUAUCGUAUUAUCUUCUCCACAUCUUAUGAGCCCUAUACCAUUACAUGUCAAUGCUCUAAUUUCCGUUUUUCAUGUGGUUAUUAUCGAAUUUCUUAUUUAUCAUUUCUUCUGUUCUCAAAGUUUGGCUGCAGUUAUUUCGACUUUCUCUGUACAUUUCUUCCUUAGUUCUUAGAUUACGAAUUAAGAUACCUUAAAAGUUAUCAACGU